AUGGUGCACGCUGACCGGAGAUGUGAAAGCUUCUCUGCUGGAACCGAGGUGGGCAAGCAAUUCGAAGCUCUGGAGACAUUGCACCUUGCAAUCCUCCACAAGCGUUGGAAGAAUCAGUGGUCUCCAACCUUGGAAAAGAUCAUCGAGCGCCAUCUUCAGCUGUGCGUCGAGCUUCAGAAGAUGCGAUUUGCAAGAGAAGGUCUCCACCAAUACCGAGCCACAUGCCAAGCCGCAAACAUCCAGUCGCUGGAGCAGGUUGUGCGAGUCUUCCGUAAGGCCGCUGAAGAGAAGGUCAACCAGGCGAAGAAAGAGCAGGACGUCAGACUUGGUGGGGUGGCUGACUUGGAGGAAAUGGAGUCGCCUGAGACAAUCUUGCUCCAAGCCAUCCAAGCAGGCGACACGCGACAGCAGAGCCAGGACAAGGACGUGCACAGUCACUUCCGCUUCCUCUGGGACACCUACAGAGUCAUUCUGGAUGUGCUGAAGUCCAACAGCCGCCUGGAGGAGGUUUAUCAUGAGACUUCACGGCAAGCUUUCGAGUUCUGCCGCGCAAACACCCGUCCAGGAGAGUUCAAGAAGCUUUGCGACAGUCUCAGAAAGAACUUCCAGGAUCUCUCCAAGCGGACCGGUCCUACUGGACAGAACCCGGUACAGCCAAACAACGUCGACACCAUCACGAAGACCCUUGAGACGCGCUGUCGUCAGAUGCAAGUUGCCACGGAGCUGGACCUUUGGCGUGAGGCCUACAACACCUCCUCCGAGAUCUGCGAUCUCAUGACAGCACUGGGCAAGGACAGCACGUCGGAUGAGGGUAGCGUUGCAGAAGGUUACGAGCCAGUGAGGCUGCUGAGGUUUGCAUCUCUGCAGCGGCAGCAGCCGCCGAGGCGGCCUGAAAUUGACCCAAGCUUAGAAGCAGAGCCGCCUCCUAAUGGCGAGCAGCGAAAUACCACUGGAAGGGAGGAAAAAGAGACUGCAGAUUGCCCCAUCUGCUGUGAAGAUCUGGGUCGAUCACCGCAGGAAGUGGGUGCCUUAACUUUCCAGGGCAAGAGGAUCGAAAGAGACCUUUACCAUGUAGGAUGCUUCACCUUGAUGCUGAGCCACAAGGGUGCUUUUUCGGGCGAGCGGCUAAAGGAUGGCUGCUUCGACAACCUCAAGAUCGCUUGGGGCCAAAGCCCGACUACCCGGCAACAAGUGGAUGGCUUCGUGAGCAUGCCUUCCAUGAGUGAUCAGAAAGCCCUAAUCGCAUUUCUGGACUGGAAGGGCACUGGACGAAUGGACGUAUCAGAGCUUGCCACCGUGGCUGCGGUGCAGCUGCCUCUACAUGCGCGAGCAAUGGAGAAUUUCAUGCGCGAAAACUUUGAGGUGGACGGCGAUGGCAACAUUACUGUCGAGGAACUGGAGCAGAAGGUGCUUCCUUACAUCGGGGAGCACUUUGCGUCUAUCACCAGUGCAAAGGAAGAGGAGAGGAGAAAAGCUGCCAAGCUUCGUUGUGACUUCCUGCUUAUGAGACUGGACGCCGCAGCUGGGGGUCCGGCUGCGCAAUCCUCGGCCCAGUCAAAAUGGAAACUUGGACCUGGAACAAGAAGGAGGAAUCUCAGAACCUUCCUGGGUGGAGAAAUUUUGAGGUUGCAACGAAUCAGUAGUUGGGUGCCUGCUCUGCGUGCAUCAUCAUUGUUAUUUGUUUCGGGUGUAGAAUUGUAG